UAGUAGAUUGUUUUGCAUCUACUAUUAAAAUUUUUAAAGAGCAUCAAGUUUUAGAUUUUGGCUCUAAAAUAGUUAAAAGGAUUGAGAAACGUUGGAAAGAGUGGGAGCACCCACUUCUUAUUCUUUCAAUCAUUCUUCAUCCAGAUUAUAAGUUAAAAAAGUUUCAAUCUACAAAUAAUAAUUUAACCUGGAUUUAUAUAGCUGAAAUAAUUUUAUAUAAACAAAGUAAAGAUCCUUAUGACUAUGAAACUUUUUUACAAUUUAAUGUACAUUUAAUAAACUAUUGGAAUUCAACAGCCAGUAUUGGAUCAGAAUUGGCAAAUGAUAUAUUUUACUAUUGGAAAAAAAAAAUGGCAAAAGAAUUAGAUACCAAAAUCCAAUAUUUACAUAUGCCAAUUUUUGAGGAAGAUUUGAAUAGUUUUUUACAGGUUAAUAUUAUUAAGACAAAUGAAAAUAUUGACAAUGAAGAUAAUUUAUCUUUAAGUGAACUUGAUGAAUCUUAUUCUGAAGAACAAAUACAAGAGUGGAAUAUAUUUAUAGAAGAAUAG